AUGAGUUCAGCUAAUAAAAUACAACCCAAAGUAUUUCCAAUUGCUCCAUCUCUGAAAUUAGAAAAGUCCUUAGAGGACUGUGACAUCAGUGAUGAUGUUCUCUCUGAGUCAUUGUCAAAAGCACCUAGCUAUAGAGUAGCCAGGUUGAGAAAAUUCUUCACAAAUCAUCAGUGCAUUAGCAAGGAGACGGUGUGAGCUCCUCUCAAUCAGGAUUUUUCAGGUUUAAAGAAGAUGAGAAAAUUUACAAGAGUUUGAACUUCCAAAGCUGCAAAACUAUUAGACGAACGUAAGGCUAGCAUAAGGGCUUCAGAAGGGUCUCCUAAAUCGUUACAGUCUGAGAUUAGUAGUCUACUACAACAGCUGAUUAUCAAGAAAAAGAAGGCCAAAAUAUCUAGACCACCUUUUGACUAUAAGGCUGGGCCUUCACUUACUCCUAUGAACAACUCAAGUAUGGAGCAAAGGUGUGACAACUUCAUUCUUACAAUCGGAGACAUCGACGAGCCUCAGAAAGCUCCAAGACUCAUGAGAUAAUCUUCUCUGCAUAAGCUCUAUGGUCGUCUAGCCAACUUGGUUAU